CACCACCAGCAGCGGCAGCAGCAGCAGCAAGGCAGGAGCAGCAGAGUACGGGUGUACAUGGGGAAUGAGGGGGAUGGGAGGUACGACACGAUGGACAUGCUGCAGGCAGUGAGGCGGCGGGCGUGGGAGCUGCUGCACGCGAGGUACCAACCGGGGGAGGCGCUAUCUGAGGAGGAUUCAGAGUUUGUAGUGAGCAAACUACUCCAGCACCACCCCAGGGCGAUGGAGAAGAUGGCUGCCGGCGUUGCGGCUAUCAAGGUGGACCAUCAUCCAGACCACCCCAACACCACCUGUUUCUUUAUCGUCCACCCUGUUGCCGACAGCAUCACCCAUCCUGCUGCCGACACCAUCGUCCAUCCUCCUCCCCCUCCUGACUCAUCCAACGAGCCAGCAGACAACUCUUCUCAGCACUCUCCCAGAUGUUCCCCACAGGUCGCUCCUGCCUCCCCUUCCCGACCGUCCCCCUCCGCACUACCUACCUACCUUCCCCCUGCUUCCCCUUCCACGCUCCCUGCCUCGCCUCCUCCCGAACCUUCCCAGCCGAACCUCUCUCCCACUGCGUCCCCUCCCUCUCCCUCCCUCCCUCCACCUCCUCCUCCUCCUCCUCCUGCUCCCACUCCUCCUGUUUUCCCUUCUCCUCCUCCUGCUCCUGCCGUUCCCUCCUCUCCUGCAUGCUCGGAUUUCUCUUACAACAAGUGUCUUCUCGGUUUGGCUGCUUCCAUGGGUAUUCCUCUCUCUGACCUGGGGUGGGGUCGCAUGGAGGCGCAGCAGCAGCGUAGGGUUAGAGAGAGAGCCGCCCCCACACCCCGUGACACAACUCUUGACGCACCUCGUGACGCACCUCGUGACGCACCUCGUGACGCACCAUACGAUGCGCCUCGUGGCGCACCUGAUGGCGCACCUCGUGACACGCCUCGUGACGGACCUGGUGACACAUCUCAUGGUGCACCUUUUGACACCCAUUGGCACACGUGUCGACGCACCGGGUGA